AAGUGCUCAGACGUCGCCAAGUGGAGGAGCGGAGUUAAGUCGAGGGAGCAUCAUGUCCGCGGAAGUCCCUGAGGCGGCCUUGGCAGAGGAGCAGAAGGAAAUGGAAGAUAAAGUGACUAGUCCAGAGAAAGCUGAAGAAACAAAGUUAAAAUCAAGAUAUCCUCACCUGGGACAAAAGCCUGGCGGCUCAGAUUUUUUAAGGAAACGAUUACAGAAAGGGCAAAAAUAUUUUGAUCCUGGAGAUUACAACAUGGCUAAAGCAAAGAUGAAGAACAAGCAACUGCCCACUGCAGCUCCAGAUAAGACAGAGGUCACUGGGGACCACAUACCCACUCCACAGGACCUUCCUCAGCGGAAACCAUCCCUCGUUGCUAGCAAGCUGGCUGGCUGAUUAAAAGAGCUGAACUGCA